AUGGCCAAGUAUUGUUUAAAAAAACCAAGUAAGCGGCAAGCAUGUGCGAAACGUUAUAAAAUAGCGAAGAAAGUCAGGGAGCAUAAUAGAAAACUUAAGAAAGAGGCGAAGAAAAACAAGGUGAAAGUAUGGAAUGCUAAAAACAAGCCAAUAAAUGUGCCAAACAAAUGCCCAUUCAAGGAAGAAAUAUUGUUGCAAUCAGAGAAAGAACGAGAACGCAUUGAGCAUGAGAAAUUUGAGAAGAAAAAAGCUGCAAAGCAGAAGCAUCCCGAUGCCACAAGGGUUGGCGCGAAACGCAAAUGUAUAUCAGAUAACUUGGGAACGCUGGCUUUGAAGGCAGAAAGAAUGUCACAACCUUCUGAAAAUCAAAAUGUGGGAAAUUUGGAGGAAGUGCGCAAGAAUAUACAGAAACAAUAUGCUAAUGAAGUUCGGAAAACUGUGGAAUCUGCAGACAUUGUUAUUGAGGUGCUUGAUGCUCGAGAUCCGUUAGGGAGUAGAAGUAGAAUUGUCGAAGAAAGUGUUUUAAAUGCAGGAAAGCGACUCGUUUUGCUCCUAAAUAAGAUUGAUCUUGUACCGAAGGAAAAUGUGAAGAAAUGGCUCAUGUUUUUGCGCCAACAAUCGCCAACUAUAGCUUUUAAAGCUUCAACUCAGAAACAGACUCGUGACCUGGGACGUUUCAGUUUAUCAAAUUUGCAUUUUUCAACUUCAAAAUGUGUCGGAGCAGAUCUUGUGAUGAAGCUUUUGUUAAAUUAUUGCAGAAAUAAGAACAUCAAGACAUCGAUUCGGGUAGGAGUAGUAGGUUAUCCCAAUGUCGGUAAAAGUAGUUUUAUCAACAGCUUGAAGAGAAAGCGGGUUUGUGACGUUGGUGCUACACCAGGAAUCACGAGACAUGUGCAAGAAGUAUAUCUGGACAAGUAUAUCCGAUUAUUGGAUUCUCCCGGUGUAAUAUUAGAACCAAAAGGUCGUUUGGACAGUAGUGAAAUUGCUUUAAAAAAUGCAAUACGAGUGGAAAGUAUAGCUGAUCCCACAGCUCCAGUACAAGCCAUUUUAAAGCGAUGUUCUCGAGAUAGUUUGAUUCUUCACUACGAAAUACCAGAAUUCAAAACUUGUGAUGAAUUCUUAGCCUAUAUUGCUCGAAAGGGGGGUCGACUGAAGAAAGGUGGACGACCCGAUUUGAAUGCUGCAGCUCGAAAGGUAUUGAUCGACUGGAAUUGCGGAAGAUUGCGGUACUUUACAGAACCGCCAGAGAUCAUGGUGGACUGCAGUCCCAAUUUAUGUUCCGCAGAACUGUUAAGUGACAUGUCGAAAGAAUUUGAUUUGGAUGCACUAGAUGAUGAGCAGAAUGUCUUGGUGGAAGGACUGCCGACUGGGAGCGCGAUGAAAGUAGCGGUGAAAUAUGACUUAGCAGCAAUAGCAGAAAGAGAAGAAGGAAUUAAUGAUGAAACGCAAAUGGAAGUUGGAAACGUUUCAGGGGAGACUGUUAUUUAUCAUGAAGAGAAGAAGAACGUACGAGAUGAUAUAGUGAUGAAUGAAAGUAGUUUUCUGGAUUCCUUUAACAUCGAUGGAAACUCUCGAAUAAAUUAUGCAAUUAAGUUAGCAGUGAAGAAACAUAAAAAGAAGAACAAGAAACUUCAUAAGCGUACUGAAGAAAUAAUUAAUACAAUGACUUCAACAUCACUCACCGACAAACAAGAAGACUAUGAUUUUGGUAUAAUGAAUGAGGGAUAA